ACUUAUCAAGUCCAUCAAGAUUAAUGUGCAAAAAAGUGCAAUGCUGACAUAAAAGUGAGAGUAAUUCCCGUGAUUUGUACCGUUUACCAUUCAGUCUUCUGCGAAAAUUGUCUUCAAGUGCAUCUGACUUCGCAUAAAAAUUAUUUAUUUAUAAAUCGCUUCGUUUCAAAAAAAAAAAAAAAAAAUCAUGUCAGAUACAAAAAAAUUGCUAAUUUGUGCCGUUGGCAUAUUCGUAUGCUACUUCAUGUUCGGAAUAUUGCAAGAAAAAAUCACGCGAGGUCGUUAUGGCGAAGAAUUACACGAAGAUGGCAAGAAAGGAGAAAGAUUCACUUUUACUUUGGCUCUUGUUGGCGUUCAAUGUUUUUGUAAUUGGGCCUUUGCAAAGUGUAUUUUACUGUCGAAACCUCAACCGAACGACGGAACUCCAACAUUUUUCUACUUCAGCAGCGCUUUGACGUACCUUCUCGCGAUGAUCAGCUCCAAUAUGGCACUUCAAUGGGUCGCUUACCCCACACAAGUCAUCGCCAAGUCAGCUAAACCCAUUCCCGUGAUGAUUUUGGGCGUUUUGCUUGGGCGCAAGUCUUAUACGUUACAAAAAUACUUCUACGUCCUCCUCAUCGUGCUCGGAGUUGCCUUGUUUAUGUACAAAGAAGGAAAAGUGAACAAAGAAUCGACCAAUGCGGGACUCGGCGAACUCUUACUUUUCCUCAGUUUAUCCAUGGAUGGGCUAACGGGCGCCAUUCAGGAGCGAAUGCGAGCUCACAGUGCCCCAUCUGGGCAGUACAUGAUGCUCUCGAUGAAUUUUUGGAGCACAAUUAUGGUUUUCACGGCUUUGAUUUUGUCCGGUGAAGGUUUGGCGUUUUUGCAAUUCACACAUCGGCAUCCGGAAUUGUUGCAACAUUUGCUGGGUUUGAGUAUUUGCGGCGCCUUGGGUCAAUUGUUCAUUUUUAUGAUGGUUUCAGCAUUUGGACCUCUUGCGUGUUCUGUCGUUACAACAACGCGAAAAUUCUUCACGGUUCUUUUUUCGGUUAUUUUCUUCGGAAAUCCUCUCGCUGCUCGACAAUGGUUCGGAGCGGUUUUGGUAUUCACGGGACUUUUUGCUGAUAUGAUCACGGGCAAGAGAAAACCGAAACCUGUCAGUGGCAAAGACAAAGAGCAGAAGGAGAGUUUAUUGAAAGCCGAUGGAGAUCGUUAAGAGGCGAAAUAAAUGACAGGAAAGAUGGCUAAAUAGACAAUUAUUAUAGGAAAAAAUAUUUUUUAUCAAUAAAUUAAAUCUAUUU